AUGCGAGGACGCCGCCUCCUUCAACAAUAUGCAGUUGAUCAAUGGGCCAAAAUCAUGAACUCAAGACUACAAUGGGUUAGACAAAAUCAGAAAUCGAUUCGUGCAGAAAAGUACCGAGGCCUUCUGGAUGCUGUUCAAGCAGGUGAUACCAACAACCCAGGACGAAAACUUAUCUUACCACCUACCAUCUACGGCUCACCACGGUUUUACUCUGAAGCCUUUCAAAACGCCAUGGCCAUUGUUCGUCACCUAGGCAAACCCGACUUCUUCAUAACCUUCACUACAAAUCCAAAAUGGCCAGAAAUCCAAGCUGAACUUCAUGAAGGAGAAAAAACCCAAGAUCGACCAGACCUUUGUGCACGAGUCUUCAAGAUGAAGUACGAUGCUCUCUUGAAAGAUCUUCUAAAACAACAUGUCAUGGGUAAAGUGCAAGCCCACACAGCCACUAUUGAAUGGCAGAAACGCGGCCUCACCCACGCACACAUACUCCUGAUUAUGCAACCAGACGAUAAGCCCAAAUCUCCAGAGAAGAUAGACACCGUCGUCAGUGCCGAAUUACCAGACAGCCUCUCCAAUCCUCAACUCCACAAAGUCAUAACUGCCAAUAACAUUCAUGGACCCUGCGGUUCAGUCAACAUGCACAGCCCAUGCAUGAAUGGUACCGGUAUGGAGAGAAAGUGCAGCAAAAACUUUCCAAAAGACUACAUUGAUGCAACAACAGUCACAGAUGACAGUUACCCCAAGUACAAACGUCGUUCUCCAACUCAAGGUGGUCACACCCAUACACUACAGAUCCAUGGUGAAGAGUACACUGUUGACAAUUCCUUUGUUGUACCAUACAACCCUUACCUUUCCCUACGCUAUUCAGCCCACAUCAAUGUUGAAGUAGUCCACUCCAUCCAAGCUGUAAAAUACCUCUACAAAUACAUAACGAAAGGUCAAGAUCGUGUUAUGCUACAACUGACUGAUUGGACAACUGUUCAUGAUGAGAUAGAAACAUACCUAAACGCCAGAUACAUCUCUGCAAGCGAGGCCUUUUGGAGAAUAUACAACUUCCCCCUACACCAAAAAUACCCUCCAGUCGAAAAACUGCCCUGCCACUUGCCAGGAGAACAAGUUGUCCUAUUUGAACCCAACGCUGCUGCAAACACCGUUCAAAAUGGUCCGCCUAUCACGAAGUUGACAGCCUUCUUCACUACAAAUGCAACUGAUAAGGAAGCUAAAAACAUCACCUACCCAGACUUCCCACGCUAUUUCACUUGGAAUGCCUCAAAAAAAGCCUGGCAACGACGAAAACGCGGUACUUCUCUUGACCAACAUCAUCAAUUCGUAGCAGACACAAUCGGCCGUAUACCCACCAUCGCCCUUACACCUCACCAAUCCGAACUGUACUACCUACGCAUGUUGCUGCACCAUAAACCAGGACCAUGCAGCUACGAAGAUAUUCGUACAAUAGAUGACACACUGUGCCCCACCUUUCAAGAUACCUGCAACAAACUAGGCCUCAUAUCUGAUGACAAUGAAAUCAACCUCGCAAUGACUGAAGCCUCGUCCAUCAAAUUUGGAAAUCAACUACGCUAUUUCUUCACCACACUUCUGAUGUACUGUCGACCAGCAGAUCCACCAGCAUUCUGGGCAAAAUGGCAAGUUGAACUAUCCCAAGACUUCCUGCACCGCGACAAACUGCAGAUACCAAACGAUGCCAUCUUAAACGAGGUUCUCCUGUACCUGCAAAGAAUUUUAGAUCAAGACAACCUGGACCUGAAUAGGGAUUUCAACCUGCCUUCUCCAGACCUAAGUCUUCUACAGACUGCAACAACCCCGCGAGUUAUCCAGGAAGAAACAGAUUUUGAUACCACGUCACUAACAGAAUCCUUACCUAUGCAAAUAAGCUCCCUCAAUAACGACCAACAAGUUGUAUAUCAAGCAAUACUAGAAAGUGUCAACAAUAAUAGCGGCAAAAUGUUCUGCCUCAAUGCAAGUGGUGGUACAGGCAAAACCUAUGUCCUCAACAUUCUUUUGAACACAGUACGAGCAAAUAAGGACAUCGCCCUGGCAACAGCGCUGUCAGAAUGUAAGGCUAUGAUACCAGGACUAACGGUUUACAGAAUAGAUCAGGCAAGAAAGCAUGCAAAGGACAUUGGCGGUGGUCAACCAGUUUCUGUUGGGCCAAUCGAGAAGUCACGUCUUGAUGAUGUUAAGGUCGAUCACUUCCUGGACUUCGACAGUCAACCAGAAUUCCUUCAAGACGUAGCGUAUGGAACGAAAACCAUCAAAUUGAGCCAUGGGGAAAAACUAGAAAUUCCUAACGUUGUUCGUUCCGUCAUUUCAUCGAGGAUCAUAGAUCUCUAUCUGGGCUACUGUGAGGAAACUGGGUUCUCUUCGCUGAAGAGAAGUUCACUGUUCAGCAUCAUACAGGUAUGUGCGGCCUCCCAAAAAAAGUCUCUUGCCGGCCUAGACAAUGUGGUUUCUGAGGGUACAGAUGCAUUCGAGACAUUGCAUGAAACGAUCAAUACACUAGGAGAGUGUGGGCACUCCAGUUCCUGGAUUGAAGACAAGAAACGCAGACUGGAUAAAGCCAAGCUGUACUUGAAGUCUGAUUACAAAAUGAAUGUCCAUACAAGCAGCCGAUGUGGAGACCACUGUAUUCCCUUUGCCCUUGGUGGUCAGAGCCAGUGUGACCAUGUUCAUGACCUCUGCUGUGACCAGUGUGAAGACAUGAAGUCUGUUUUGGAAGAAAUUUAGCUAGCUGCAUCUUCAGGAAUUGUGAAGUACAAGUAUCCUCAACAACAGGAGCAAGUUCAGUAUGACAUUGAAGUUGCUAAGGAACAGGUCAUGAAUUUGAAGAGCGAUCUUCUCCGCCAAAUAUGCCAGGAGCAAGCCAAAACGGAUGUACUGGACACAAUGACGCCAUCACAAGCCCUUUUGACCAUGGAUUGGGCUAUGAAGUUUCUGCCCAGUCGAUUCAGAGAGGCACAGCAAGAUUGAUACGGGAAAAAAGGAAUCUCUUGGCACGUGUCUGCAGUAAUAACUAAGACAACUGAUGAAAAGUUUGAAAUUCACUGCUUCGUGCACCUUGUGCAGCAGUGCACCCAGAAUUGGUUUGCUGUUUUGUCGGUUCUCGAGGCCACAAUGGAAGAAAUGAAGAUCCGCUUUCCCGACGUCAACGAGUUCUUCUUGCGGUCUGAUAACGCGGGAUGUUAUCAUUGUGCACCCUUGAUACUAUCCAUCCCUGCUCUUUCAUCUCGCUUGGGAAUCAGGAUUCGGCAGUACAAUUUCUCCGAAGCCCAAGCUGGGAAAUACAUUUGUGAUCGCAAAAUUGCCCCGAUGAAGGCUCAUAUCAAUCGUUUCGUUAAUGAAGGCCACAAUGUGACGAAUGCAGUUGAAAUGCAUGCCGCUUUAAGUUCAUAUGGGGGUGUUCGAGGGUGCCAUGUUGCUGCACUCGAAGUAAAUGAGGAGGCAAUGACUAACCGAAUUGUGUGGCCUGGUGUCACAAAGUUCACGAAUU